UGGGCCCUUGCCCAAUAUCAGCCACGCAGAGCCCACAGAGGACAUGAAAGACAAGCAGAGCUUCAGUGAGGGCUCCACGGUGAGGUACACCUGUGUCACAGGUUACACCAAACGCCCCUUCCUCUCCGACACCGUCCAGUGCCUCACAAACUCCCAGUGGUCCCACCUCCCGGAGUUCUGUGGCCGUAGCUGUCCCAGCCCUCCAUAUGUGCCAUUUGCUAAAAUAUCACAGGAAGAUCAAACACAGAAUUUUUAUUCUGUUAAUACCACGGUGAAGUACAUCUGUCGCCCAGGCUUUGAGAACACCACGGACCAGCUCCCCACCAGCACCUGUCUGGACAACUUAAAGUGGUCAGAAGUCCCUGAGCUGUGUAGGAGGAAAUCUUGUGGUAUUCCAGCAAGUCCAGAACAUGGCAAAGUUAUUACAGAUGAUCAUCUGCUUGGUGCAAAAGCCACUGUGGCCUGUGACCGUGGGUACAUCCUAGAGGGAGGGCCAGCUUUCAUCUUUUGUACUCUACAGGGAAAUGAAGUUGUCUGGAGCCAACUUCCAGCUUGUCAGGCUAUUUCUUGUCCUCCUCCUCCAGCCAUCCCCCACGGGCAGCACGAUGGCAACAGCACAGAGAAGUUCCUGUAUGACUCAGUCACCACCUACACGUGUGACCCCGGGCUGGAGCUCGUGGGGAACAAAUCCCUCCGUUGUACAACAGAGAACGGGGUCCUUGGAGUCUGGGAUGGGGCUGCUCCCGAGUGCAGGGUUAGCACUGCAUCAGAGACAAACCAAACUGAAUCCUCCAAAGGGAAUCCUUACUGGCUGGCAAGUAUCCUCAUCCCUAGUUGCAUUGUUCCCCCAGUAGCCCUUGGAAUUCUAGCUGGGAUCAUCAUGAGGCGGAAAGACAAUGAAAAACACUCUUAUAACAUGAAUUUACAAAAGCACAGGGUGAAGAAGGGAAGGGAUGCACCGAUGUGCCCAAAGAAGCAGCCCAUGCCAUGGAAUUCCUAUUUUUGCCACACAACGAGUUGCCACGUGUGUCCCACCUGCAGGAAGCAGCUGCACGAUGCCCUGGCCCCUCUGACGGUGCCCACGCCCCAGGGCUGCGCCGCCUGCGAGCACUGGCUGAGCACCAGCAAACCACGCACCUACUCGGUCCCCAGCAUUGGUGACAGGGAGAGCCAAAGCCCAGCAGGCACCAGCUCUCCUGCCAAAGCUGUGGAUGUGCAGAGGGGCCACGGUGCAGGAGAAGCUGGUCCAGAGAGGAGUGAGGCAGAGCAGCCCAUGGACCACAAAAGCAGCCACCACAUCUGCCCCGUCUGUGAGAACUGGCUCCGUGCCCACGUUGGACAGUUGGACAGCAGUGCUGUGGCACCCAGGGAAUGGCAGGAUGAGGGGAUAAAUCCAGGGGGCUGCGGCGUCCUCGGGGAAUUCUGACACUAAUCCCUGACACUGUGUGGAGUGAUUGAUAAAGAGUCUGGAAAUCAAAAGCCACCUGGCUCUGAUGGGUGCUGAGAAGGUCAGGGUACACUGAGGAUGUUCCCUGUGCAUGGAUAAACACAUGGAUACACCAAAGAAUGGAAUGAUGUGGAGACACCACAUCCCCUCUUCCAGACAUCCUGCAAGAAGGGAACGUGGUAACCUUUUGACCUCUGUCAUCCAUCCAUCAGAAAAGGAAUAGAUGCUAACUUUAUCUCAACCUAACCCUUAUGACCAGAGUCAUGCAAAUUCCAAGAAAAAAGGUAUGAAAAGGAGGUUAAGAUGGGGAAAAGAUCCAAGGAAGAUUUCCAUUGAAACUGCUGGAUCAGCCAUCGGGCUGAACCUGUCUUCUCAUCCCCCCUUAAGGAUGCUUAUGGGGUGAGAAAUUUAAACUUUUAAGGAACUAGAGUUUGCUUUCUCUUCAUAAUGUGGUAGUAGGUUGCUUAAAUCUGUAUUUGUGCUUUUUUUGUGGUAUUAUUACUUUCUUUUGAGCAUGUUUUGUAGACAGACUCUAUCACCGACUACUAUAAACCUUUAUUAGCUGGUCACAAUUUGUGUUAAUAAACUGUGUUAUUUUGUAA